AGACUCACAGGGCAGCUACAUCAUACCCAACCUAACUGCUGUCAAGCCCCCCCCAAUCAGGCACAAUCAUCCAUCAAUCCCUAAAAUCCCCUGCUGCCACCGCUACUGCCACUGCCACUGCUACUACUACCCAUUGUUACCACCCGAGUUAGGACCCUGCCCGUGGCUCCUCCAAUAAAUCCCCCCGCCAUUCUCGCUCGAUCUUGGUCCUUUUCAAAACGAACUCUUUGCUUGUCUAAAUACCAAGAGAGCAGCACUGUACGGAUACACAUCUUUCCUUCGAUCCGAUCCUCACACCUUCUCUUGUGAUCUCGACCUUAGCGUAUCAGCAUUACCUCUUUCGCCAUGAACCCUCAUCAGAAGAACAAGGUCGAUGUCAAGUCACUCACUCCUGAGGAGCAGCGACUUUUCCGCCUCUACGGCAAGCUGCCCUCUCGAUCCGACCAUUUCGCCAAGCAUCUCAAGGACCGCAAAUACUUCGACUCGGGCGACUAUGCCAUGUCCAAGGCCGGCAAGGGCGACGGCGUUGAUGCUGGUGCCGUCGGCUCUCAGCAUCCCGUCCCCGAGAACAUUCCCCACCUCUCUUCCCCGGUGAACGGCUCCGGAGCCAGCGUACCCAAGCACGCCCACCACGGCUCCGUGCCCGGCAUCCAGGCUGGCAGCCCUAUUAAGGAGAGCAGCUUCCUCAAGAGCGAGACCAGCGCUGAUGAGACCGACGGUAAUGAUGCCGACAAGUCCAAAGAUGCAGACGCUGCUAUACCUGAGCCUGUUGCCGCUGGCGGCGAGGGCAUCCCAAUCCGACGAUAGAGCGUCGAGUGAAAAUGAUAAAAGAAAAGUGCGACGGAGCAGGAACAGAGAGGGAGUUUUUCUUCUUCUUACACUUCUUCACUGUUGUCUCGCAGAACAUGGAACGUUUGUUUCUUUGAUACUAAGCCUUGUGCGUGGGCUUGUGGUGGAUUGCGAAAUCGGUUUUGACGACUUACGAGGAUCGCACAGUUGGCGUUUGGGAAUUGGCAGACAAUCUGGCUCGCACACACGGGGGACAUAUCUCGAUCUGGAAUCAUCGGAUAAUGUUGUUUGAGAGCGGCAGGGUGAAAGAAACACCACACUCUCCGCAAAUGGUUAUCAUGUUCAUUUGGUCGUUUAGCUGCCUGCUUCGUUUCAGAAGCAUGCUUUCUAUUUCCAUUGCCUUUUUCUUCUUCUCUCCCUUUUGUCUUAGUGUGUAGUAUUACCCGGAACGUUUUGCAUUUUCCCAUGAUAUCGUAGAAAUGUUCAUACAACCUAAAUGGUUUGCAGGUUGUGAUACUCUCUUUAAGCAUCCAGAGCCUUGAGCGCCAUUUGCUUGGCACCCUCGAAAGUCUUGUUGCCACCAA